AUGCUAAACCCUACGUCCCCGGUCUCGCCAACCUCCGUAGGGAGGAAACGACCACACCCGCCUGCAGAGCCCGCUCCGAUCCUGCCGGACGCCUCGGCGCAACCCCCACUGCGCUCCUCCCGCGACGUACCCAUGAACCAUCCCUCCGUAUCCUCCUCCGCCUCGAACUCCUCCUUUCGCAAUGUCUCCGCUUGUAACCGAUGCCGACUGCGCAAAAACCGUUGCGAUCAACGGCUGCCCCGAUGCCAGUCCUGCGAGAAGGCCGGUGUGCGGUGCGUUGGCUAUGACCCAAUUACCAAACGAGAGAUCCCACGGAGCUAUGUAUAUUUCCUCGAGGCCCGUGUGGCAUACCUAGAGAAACUCUUGAUGGAUAAACAAAUCGAAUUCAACGACCCGGUAGCCUUUGACGAAGAGGAGGCUAUCAAAGUGGAAGCCGGCCACGAUCCUGCUCAACCUCAAGUGGUUAACGCGGAAACGUCGGUGAGCGCCGAGGUUCCAUCCGCCGACACCAACGGAGGAUCGAUGCGCGUGAAGGGCGAGAAGGAGGGCUUGGUUCCACGACCUGAAGGAAACCCCGAUAAUGAGCACGGCACGGAUGUCAAUCGAGACCACGAACGCGAAGACAAUUGGCGGAUACACAACCUUGUGUCGAAUAUUGGUAUGGUCUCAGUCCAAGGCACUUCGGAUCCCCGAUAUCUGGGGUCGACCUCGGGGAUCUCUUUUGCGCGAGUCGUGUUUGCCGCAGUGAAAAGCUCCGUCGCAGGAAACGCAGCCGAACGUGGCCCUAUGCGCCCUCAUGAGCGGUUGCCCCAUAGCGCAACCGGAACAGCAGGAAGCACAAUGCGGGAUUCCUUUUUUGGUCUCCAGACAAGACCGAUGAUGAAAUGUGCAACUUUCCCUGAUCGUGAUCUGGCGGAACGGUUGGCCCAUCUGUAUUUCGAGCAUGCAAAUCCCCAAAUGCCCAUCCUGCAUCGCGCCGAUUUCAUGGAAUUACUGGACCGAACUUAUUCGGUCGACGAAAAGAGUCGCUCCCCUCGCAGUCUUUAUAUUCUUAACAUCGUAUUUGCCAUCGGUGCUGGCAUCAUAUUUGAAGAUAAAGCACCAAAUGAAGAUAAAUCCGAAGGCCAUGAUCAAUCGCCCACGCUGUCCUCGGCUAAGAGACCCCGGCUGUCAAGCCAUCAAUAUCAACCGGAAGAAUACCAUGCCUCGGCAAUCAUACACUUAGAAUCUUUUCUGGGGGCUUCGUCAUCUGGUGACGGAUUCGGUGCUUUGGAGGAGCUACAGGCAGUACUGCUUCUCGCCAGUUUCGCCUUGCUGCGACCCGUUGCGCCGGGACUUUGGUACAUUGUCGGAGUCGCUAUGCGACUGGCUGUCGAUCUUGGUCUCCAUUAUGAGGACGGUGCGGGCAUUGAUUCACAUGGCGAUGGAAGUUUCAACCGCUCGCAUAACAAAGACGAGGAGAAUUCCAAGGCGCGCAUCGACAACCGCGAGCGUGGACGCCGUGAAUGGGUUCGUGACCUUCGUCGCCGCUUAUGGUGGUGUGUAUACAGCUUUGACCGUUUGGUCAGUUGUUGCGUUGGCCGCCCUUUCGGAAUCAGCGAUCAGGCGAUCAGCACCGAAUUCCCGUCUCUCUGGGAAGACUCAUAUAUCACAAAGUCCGGCAUUGUGGCGCCCCCGGAAGGUGCUCCAAGUUACAAGCAUGCGGCGCAUCAUUACUUCAAACUGAGGGUGCUGCAGUCCGAGAUUCAGGACGUCCUACAGCAUCAGCAAGCAAGGGUUGCAAGACAAAAGGCUCCGUAUGCUGCCAGACGAUUCAUGCGCUCGGAUCUUUCAUCUCCUUUCCUGCAGGGCUUUGAUUCUUUCCGUUCCUGGCGAAAAGAUGUCCACCGGCGAUUGGCAGAGUGGCAACAGAGCGCGCCCACUCGACGUGACACGGGCGUGCAGUUCUCCGUUGAAUUCCUCGAGCUGAAUUACUGGCAAGCGGUUAUCAUGCUGUAUCAACAGAGCCUCACGGUCCCCGCGGAGUUGGCGGACGAAAUGACCCCGGCCGAAGACAUGUCGAGCCCAUCAUUCUCCAACGUGGAUGAGGCUGAGGACGAAGAUGAUAUCUACUACAAGGUGGCCGAAGCCGGCCAGAAAGUCAUCCGGAUAUAUCGUCAAAUGCAUCGCGUACGAUUGGUGAAUUACACUUACCUAGCUACCCACCAUAUCUUCAUGGCAGGCAUCUCAUUUUUAUAUGCGAUCUGGCAUUCGCCUAUGGUCCGAAGCCGUUUGACUUUCGAUGAGGUGGACUUCACGGUGCUAGCCGCCACUUCUGUUCUAGGAGAUUUGAUGCACAAGUGCCCCCCUGCCGAAUCAUGCCGGGAUGCUUUCGAGCGGAUGAGCAAAGCGACCGUUCAAAUGUGUCUGGCGACCACCGGGCUUGGCUCUCAAGUGGAUUUGACCCGCGUGCAAGCCAAUCCAUCGCCAUCGAGUGGUCCGUACAAUAACAGAUCCAGGCAGCAUGCCCAAUAUACCAUGGACCAGAGGCAGCGACCGCCUCCUGGGCCUGUGCGACGACCAAUGCAGACGCGCCAGUCCCGUCCGGUGCCGAGAUUUGACAUGAACUUAGGAGACUUAUUUAAUGAUAGUAAUUCCGUUCCGGAUCGUCAAGCCGGUGGUCCGAGGAGGCCGAUGCAGGCAUAUGGCCGAUCAGAUUAUCCCGAAGCAUCAACGUCGAAUUUUGCUCCUAGUCGAGCCACUCGAGCGCCCCCUCAACAGUCACCCCCGCUAGAAUUUUAUGGUAACUACGAGAGUCCCAUCUCACCGCAGCAACAGCAACAGCAGCAGCAUCAAUAUUUCUACACAAACUCUCCACAGCCAAGCGCAUCACCGAGCAGCGUUGUUGCUCACUCGGGCCACCAGCCACCGCAAGCUAUGGAUCAAGACCGCCAAUCCGGAAUGAGUCUAGACUUUUUGGAAUUCGAUGCAGCGGGUGCCGAAGGACAAGCCACCUUUGGCUCGGACGAAGCGUCUGAAUACAAUUUGCAGGCCAUGGCUUCAUUGGGACACGGCGUGGGGCAUAGUGUCGGGAUCGACCUUGGGUUUGGCAUGGCGGUGGACUUCCAACAUGAUUGGAGCGAAAAUCCCAAUUACGACAUGUUAGAAGGGUAUUUCUUCGGUGGAUCGGGCCCCGGACCAUCAGGCGAUGCCCAGUAG